AUGUCGACGUCCCCGCCCUCGAAUGAAAAAUCCGAUACCGUGGUAGAGCACCCGCACCACUCGCACCACCCACAUCAUCUUUCUGUCAGUAACGUCAAUGCCAAGUUAUCAAACCCCUUGCGCGGCAUACCUCAUGAUCGUCUCAUGGCGGAUGUUGAAAUUUUUGCCCAGGAGAGAGGAAUGACCCAUCUUUUGCCUGAGCUCAAGAAAGGGGCGCUUGUUGCCCAGGAUCCCACGUGUUAUAAUCAUCUGCCCAUAUUUUCGGAUGAAGACAAACGAAUUUUUACAGAAGAGGUUACGCACAAGUGGCGACAAACGCGCACGCUUUAUUAUAUGGUCGUAAUGUCAUCACUUGCAGCGGCUGUUCAGGGAAUGGACGAGGCUGUUAUCAAUGGCGCUCAAAUCCUUUAUCCCAAGCAGUUCGGCAUUGGCGAUUCGAAUAGUCAACGCGAUUCAUGGUUGGUCGGUCUCAUCAACUCUGCACCCUACUUAUGCUGUGCCACCAUUUCUUGUUGGAUGACGUAUCCGCUCAACCACUAUUUUGGGCGUAGAAAGACCAUUUUCAUCACUUGUAUGAUCUCGUUCUUGACAUGUAUCUGGUCUGGAUUCACCAAUACUUGGUGGCACCUUUUCAUCUCACGGUUCUUCCUUGGUUUUGGAAUUGGUCCCAAAUCUGCCACUGUCCCAGUGUAUACCGCGGAGUGCUCACCUGCACCAAUACGUGGUGCCCUCGUCAUGAUGUGGCAGAUGUGGACCGCUUUCGGCAUUGCUCUAGGAGACCUUAUCGACUCUGUAUUCUACUACAUUUCAGACGCCCCCGGUGUGACUGGUCUGAACUGGCGACUCAUGCUAGCUUCUGCUGGUAUCCCUGGUCUCAUUGUCUGCCUGCAAGUCUUAUUUGUGCCCGAGUCGCCUCGUUGGUUGAUCUCCAAGGGUCGCUACGAGGAUGCUUUCGAUGCACUUUGUCGGCUUCGUUUCUCGCACGUUCAGGCUGCUCGUGAUUUGUACUACAUUCACGUGGCACUCGAGGCGGAAAACGAGAUGAGGAAGGAUCGCAAACCGCAUGCUGCCGCUGCUAGUUGGAUUGUCAUGUUCGGUCAGCAGUUUUGCGGUGUCAAUGUCAUCGCUUACUACUCGUCCAACAUCUUCCUGGCUUCUGGUUUCUCGCGGGCUUCGGCACUGGAUUCUUCCCUUGUAUUCGGUAUACUUAACUGGUUGUUCGCCCUCCCUGCUGUUUUCACCAUCGAUACUUUUGGACGGAGGAACUUACUUUUGUUCACUUUUCCCUGCAUGGCCAUCUGUCUUUUAAUUGCGGGCUUCUCCUUCUGGAUUACUUCGGAAACAGGGCGUCUAGCUGGCGUUAGUCUCGGAAUAUACCUCUAUGCAAUCUUCUAUUCUCCAGGCGAAGGUCCAGUACCGUACACGUACUGCGCAGAGGCAUUCCCUCUCUACAUUCGUGAUAUCGGCAUGUCCUUUGCCACUGCAACCAAUUGGUUCUGGAAUUUCGUUCUGUCAAUCACUUGGCCUUCGCUCAUAUUGACCCUCAAACCACAAGGUGCCUUCGCCUGGUACGCAGCAUGGUGCUGUAUUCUCUGGGUGCUCGUCUUGUUAUUCGUGCGCGAGACGAAAGGCAAGACCCUGGAGGAGCUCGACCAAGUUUUCGCUAUCGACGUUGCCACGCAUGCUGCAUACGGCCUCCGGCAGAUACCCUACAGCUUCAGGAAGUUCGUAUUGUUCCAGAACCCUGUCCCUGUGCAGCUUCAUCAGCUGGCGGGCAAUGUAUCGAGCACUAGAGGCGAGGAGAAGGCGAGGGAGGUGAAGGAGGAUCUGGAGAGGACAAAUGUAUGAUGAGUUGAGCUGUGAUGU